AUGAUGAAAGGAAUGCCAUUCUUUGGAAAUCGUUGCAAUAAGACACACAAGUCAUGCCGCUGCUGUGCCUCCAAAGCCUGCCACCUUCGGAAGUCCACCCGUGGCAAAUGUGGCUACCCUGCCAAACACAAGAGAAAGCACAACUGGAGUGCCGAGGCUAAGAGACGAAACACUGCCAGAACUGGUCGGAUGAGGCAUCUAAGGAUUGUCCAUCGCAGACUCAGACAAGGAUUCCAUGAAGGAACAACACCCAAACCCAAGAGAGCAGCUGUUGCAGCAUCCAGUUCAUCGUGA